UGGGUGACAUUUAUGGUUUGGGGCACAAUUGCUUCUGUCGAUAUCGUGAUCGCCUUGUCACUAUGCUACCUCCUCGCUACUACUGCACUGGAUUUUCUAGCACUGAUUCCAUGAUAUUAAAGCUCAUUGACUCAUUUCAUGCAGCAUAUGUUCAAUGGCAGCUGUGAUUACGAUACUAACAAUUCUUACCAAUUCCAUCGUUAUGGCGUUGUCAGACGAAGAAAUAAAGGACAUCCCGACGAUGAGGUGGUAUGAUCAUGAUGCCGCAGCAGCCUUCUCUCAUUCAUCUCAUGCUUUAAGGUUUCUUCUGUCUUCUCGGUCCUUUAAUUGGCUGACAGUGACUACGCUAGAUCUUGUGGCUGUUGCAACCCGGCUGGAGCCUAGCAGAGCGCUAGUGGUGCAGCACAAAAUGAUACUGUGGUGAUGUACCUGCUCCAACUACUAAUCUCGGACUUGGAGCCCAUCAAGACCGUGAUGUUAUGCUAGCCCGAUGACCGAUGCGGCAAUCAAACAUGUGA